AAUAAACUUUAAUUAUCAGCAUUUCAGACAAAAUGGCAUGGGAAAUGAAAACCGUUAGCAAUCAUGAUGUAAAUAUGGUUCCUUCAAAUUAUCUUGAAGAUGAGGAGAGCAAAAUGGAAAUCAGCAAGUAUAACCCUAUCAAAAGAUCAGCAGAAGAGAGCUUCCUCUCUGUAUCAAAGGACACAAAUCCUCAGUUGAUUGAGAAAUCCAAUGAUGUCAAGCUUCUCAAGAAGAAAGACAUCUCUGAUGGCUCUUAUUCAAGUGAUAUUUAUGAAAAUAUACUUAAAUCAACAAUGUCCUUUGCUUCCUCUGGCUGUGAAGAUGAUGCCACCAAGUCUGAGAUCCAAAUGCUGAAGUUCAGUAGGAUCAUGGAUGAUAUUUGUAAAGAGUCUGAUAAGCGAUCACCUGCAGAAAUAUUUUCGUCUAAUGCAAAGAGUCUGAACAUUGUCUCAGAGAUGCAAAGGUUCAUCAAGAAUGGAUAUUUCGAAGGAAUAGAAGACUGGGAACAGAUCCUCGCAUCUCUUAAAGAUCUUCACAAACGUCGCUUGGAAAUCUACGACACAAACCAAAAAGAGUUCAAAGACAAAUAUAGUCCAAGGAGGGGGGUUCUCGACUUACUUCAGAAAGACAUAAAGCGUGUCAAAGAACUUAAGGACUCAUAUCUUGAAGAGCACAAACAUGAUAUAACUGACUCAACUGAUCUCUCAGCUACGCCUUAUUUCAGCAGAGGUGGUAAGAGCAGAAUCUUUCAAAUCUUAGCCAAUGAAUCAGAGCUAAUGGAGAAGGAAUACCUCUUCUUGCACAAGAAGUAUAAAUAAAACGAAAAGUAAAAAGAUAUACUAUAAAAAAGAGCUUAACCAAAGCAGAAAUGUGAUCGAACAAAUGACCAAUGAAGCUGAAAAUUUACAAAAAACCAUCAACUCUCUGGCGGAGGAAAAGGAGCUACUGAUGCAACAAAUCUUCGAGCUAAAAGGAGGAAAGUCUUCUGCCAAUCUGAUCAGUAGACUUUUCAAAGGCAAGCGAAAGUAG